GCGAGCUCCUGCUGCCACUGCGCGGGACGCCGAGGCUUGUUGGAGCAUUCGCCACACAAUGCCAGCUCAAAAGUAAAAGAGAGGAAACUACAUGGGACUUGCCCUCCUAUUGGUCGUGGGAGCUAUGGGAAGCCGUGUUUGAGUGAAAGCAGCCAUAGGUCCUCAUUUUUCAGUCCCCGCAAGGGCUUUCACACGAUACAUUCAGAGCACAGCCCCGUGAAGCCAAGGAUAAUUACAGUGGUGAAACCUGGGGGACGCACACUCAGGAGGAUAACCUUGCUUCUCAACAGGAAGUCAGUCCAGACCUUUGAACAGCUGAUGGCUGACAUUUCAGAAGCUCUGGGAUUUCCUCGCUGGAAGAAUGACCGUGUGAGAAAACUUUACAAUCUGAGAGGCAGAGAAAUCCGAAGCGUUUCUGAGUUUUUCAGGGAAGGUGAUGCAUUCAUAGCUAUGGGGAGGGAGCCCCUCACUUUGAAGGACCUGGAAGUGGUAUUACAAGAACUUUAUCCUGAAAAUCCUUAUGCUGCCAGUGCUGCCAUUCAGCAGAAUGAGGAGCAGUCCCGAAAACUCAAGAGCAGGCUGUAUGACAAGGCUUUGAAAGUAGACAGCAGCUUUGAUGAGGCAGAAAUUACCAAGAACUGCAGUGAUGGCGUGUCUCCCCAACUGGUAGCUGGACAUGAAGGAAAAAGUCAAGCCAAGGCAAAGGAAGAAGAAAAAAUGAGAUCCAAGAAAAAGUGGACUAGAGAGAGCUGGAGUGGUGAACAGGGAGUGAAGCCUUCUAGGAAAACCCGAGAAAGCGAGAGGUACCUUAACCAUGAGAGGAGUUCUGAGGAGGGUUUAGAGAAGAGUUUGGAGGAGGUGCUGAGGUGUGAGAAGUGUGAACAGGAAAGGCAGGCCAGAGAAAAGUUACAAAGGGAAAGGCAGGCUGAGGCCUCAUUUGAAAAUAGAGACCUGAACACAGGCGCGUGUCAGAGGUACCAGGUAGAAAGAAAUACAAAAAUCAGGAGCUGCCGAAAAUCUUCUGAAACUUGUCUGGAGGGUGAGGAAGUUGGCUGGAAAGAUAAUGGCAGUAGGAGGAUGUGGAAGCCCCUACAAAAGAUUGUUAAUGAAGGGCUGGAGAAGCAAAAAAGGAACACGGAGAAGGAGAAGGACGUGGAGAAGCAUGAAAACCAUGGGAAGGAAGUAGUAAAAAUCAGGAAAAAUGCUGUAGAAGGGCUCCAUCUAUCUCAUGAAGUGAAAGAAGAUAAUGGAAGUAGCUGUGUAAUGAACCAAAGUGGUUGGCUAAAGAAGGACACUCUGAGGGAUGCUGAGAAACUGUCUAAAACACACAGGGAGGUCAGAGAGGGACAAAGGGCUAAAGAGGAGGCUGCCAGAAGAGAGGGGAACGUCACACAUAGAGAGAGUGACAUGACUAGACGGGAAAAAACAGGGGAGCGCCGAGUGAAUAAAGAGGAAAACAAGGCUCAGGGACUGGAAAGCACAAGCCGGAGGUAUGCCAUUAAAAGCAGGACUGACGUGGAAAAACACUAUGAUAUCGGCAGAACUAUUGGGGAUGGGAACUUUGCAGUGGUGAAGGAAUGUCGCCACUGUGAUUCCAAUCAGAUCUAUGCCAUGAAAAUUGUCGAUAAAUCCAAACUAAAGGGGAAAGAGGACAUGAUGGAAAGUGAAAUUCUGAUCAUUAGGAGUCUCUCUCAUCCCAAUAUAGUAAGCUUAAUUGAGGUGUAUGAGACAGAAGCUGAGAUCUACCUAAUCCUAGAGUAUGUCCCAGGAGGGGACUUAUUUGAUGCAAUCAUAGAAAGUGUAAAGUUCACGGAGCAUGAUGCUGCUGUCAUGAUCACUGACCUGUGUGAAGCAUUGGUUUAUAUUCACAGCAAGAACAUUGUCCACAGGGACCUCAAGCCAGAGAAUCUUUUGGUUCAGCACAAUGCAGAUAAAUCUACUACACUGAAACUAGCAGAUUUUGGCCUUGCAAAGCAGGUUACAAAACCCAUAUUUACUGUGUGUGGAACACCAACGUAUGUUGCCCCUGAAAUACUUGCUGAGAAGGGCUACGGGCUCGAAGUAGAUAUGUGGGCAGCUGGUGUGAUCCUUUACAUUCUGCUCUGCGGUUUUCCUCCUUUUCGCAGUCAGGACCGUGAUCAAGACGAGCUGUUUCAGAUCAUACAGCUGGGUCACUACGAGUUCCUUUCCCCUUACUGGGACAAUAUUUCUGCAGCAGCAAAAGACCUCAUAACCAGGCUGCUGAUAGUGGAUCCCCUGAAGCGCUACACAGCACGUCAAGUACUUCAGCACCCUUGGAUCAGAACAGCUGGAAAAACUAACAGCAGGAAUUUGCAGAGGGAAGUGACAAUAAAUAUUGAGCGCCAUUUCCGGGCCCAGCGCCGAAAGGAAGUUGCUGAUGAGAACACAUGAAGUCUAUUCAAGCUUGUUUAGCCUUCUUUUUAUUGAUUAACAAAUCACUUUUGUUUUCUUUUCUAAAUGAAUUGGGAUUUUAGUGUACAGCUCUUGGUGGCUAUUGCCAUGCCUUUUUUUUCUUCUUUUGGUUCUGAGAUUCUGAAGGACAGAGAUCAAAUUCACAUCCAGGUGCUCUGCUGAUAGCAGUUGGGACUAGAAAAGUCCUGGGGAGUGUCUGUUAUUUUUCUUUAAAUACCGAUUUGGGCUCUUAUAUAUGUUUUAGAUAACAAAUGUUUGCUUCUGUGGCUGACAGUAGUGAUGAGUCUUCUCUCAUCCUUUUUGUAUUAUAUGUUGCAGGAGUUUUUUGUUUAUAAUAUUUUCAAACUAUCUGUCUACAUAUACAUCUUGCACUAGUUCUUUAAACUGUCUUUUCACUAAUUCCUUCUAGCCACAGAGAAGGAAGAAUAAAAAAGUAAAUAUAUUCUUUAGCUGUAGGAUAUAAUAAAUAACCAGCCAGGUACUGUAUUUAUUAACUUGUGAGGGAAGAAAAAUCCUUAUAGACUAAAUCUGAUGUUUUAUGAUAUCUCCCUUGGCAAAAUCUCUCGCUGGUUGUUCUCAGGGUCAGGGUAACAGAUGGUACAAUGUUUCUGUUAAACGCUGAUGAUGCUGUGUAGUAGGGUAGUUUCAUUUGUUUUUGAGAAGUGGGAAGAUAUCAUGGCUGAUACCUUUUCAAGACUGUGAUAAUAACAACAGUUUUUAGAGAGCUUUUCUUCCCACUCUGGGAAGUAAGAAGUUGAGUGUUUCAGAGGGCACUUUGGUUCUUUUCCGAAAGUCAUAAUUACGGAGUGACAACUCAAGCAUUUUUCCACAAUAAUUUUUUUCCUAGGAGCCAUCCAAGUGCAUCUGUGACUCUUCCAUGCUGAUGGAGAAGAAAGAGCUGGGAAACUGUGACUAAAGUUAACCCUUGCCUUCACAAUUCCCUUUUCAUCAACACACUUCACAGCUGAAUUGCUUUUAUACACUUUUUCAGUGUAGUUUAGCAAUUAUUGGUUCCUGCCCCCCCCACUUACUCUCCCUGGGGCCUCUUUCUUCUUGCUUCCAUGAGAAUGGGCAAGAGGAUGAAAUUACACUAAAAUUCAACUUGAGGAAAAGCAACAUAUUGGCUAUGGAAAGAUCUCCCAGGGGAAGUGUCAGAUGCUCUAUUGCAUGUGAGUUUUUUAUAUUUUUAUUAGAUUCAACUUUAAAGAAAUCCUGAGGGGGAAAAUACAGUCCAGAGAAGGGCCAUGACCUGGAACAGCUUUUGAAUCUCAGAAUUUCUGGUUAACUAAUAAAAUUCAAAAAGCACUCUAAUUGUCCGUUUAAUAAUUCUUUGUCCACAAGUUCCAUGUGCUAGCAAAUAAUAUUGAUGUUAUAAUAUCGGUGGUGUUAGUACUGAAUACACAGCUUUGAGAAAUGAAUGAGGGUAUUUUCCAUUUGGAGAGCUGCUGUUCUGCCCAUGUGUUUCAUUAUGAGAAGUGUCAGAAGCAUUUCAGAAUUAGUGGAACAUGUUCAUAACUAUAUGAACCAGAAUACUAUUUUUUGAUGAGUGUUAAUAUUUUGUGCGAAUUUUCUGAAUAACCAAAAAGUGUAGGGUGCUGUCGUCAUGUUUCUGUUUCAUCUUGUACUGUUUAGCUGCAAGAAUGAUAUAUGAAAGUAGAGACCACUUGACUCUCAAAGGAGAAUUGCACUUUAAAUUGAAUUGACUUAUUUCUAAUACUUACUGGGAUAAGACUUGCUGUGGAGUUCAAGAAUUUGUGAAACAAACCAAUUAAAUCUUUACUAUAUGCCCAAGUAGUAACUAUAUGAUAUUUCAUGCCUCUGCUUUGGAGUCUCUGACUCAGGAAGACUUUUCCUAUUCCUGAAAAGAAGAAUGGAUUUAAAUGCUUCCCUGAGUUAAGGUAUGGUGUAACCUAAUAUUCUGAAAGCAUUACAUGUUCUUUGAGUACUGGUAAUAAUGUCUUGUCUGUUAAUUUAAGCCUAUUUUGAUAGGAAACUGUGGAAAAAAUAGCUUCUGUUGUGUAAUAUUAUAUUUUAUAAUUAUUUUUAUUAUAGUUGUUUAGGAAUAAAGUUUGAAGUGACAAAAAGAACAUUUAAUUAGCAAUGAAUCUGAAACUUUGGAGAUUGUUAUAAGUUGCCUUUUUCACCUCUAAGAACCUGUCUACAGUCUUAUUCAUAGUGCAGAAGACAGAGAAUUUGCUUGUAAUUAUUAUAUAAGUAAUUAUUUUUUCAAUGAUUUUGUUUUUCUUUCUCUGGGUUCCAGACAGACUAAACAAGGACUGUGCUGGGUAGUCACUGCAUUGCAUCUUUAGGUACAGAUUCUUCCGUGGUGGCACUAAGGCACUGGUUUGUCAGUGUUGCUAAUAGACAUGUGGCAUUCUUCAGGUUGGAGGCUGGGAAAGCUUCUAAGUGCUUCUCAGGGUUUUUACCUCUUUCUUUCUCUCUCCUACUUCAAUAUUCCUUUUUUUUCUCUCAUUACUUCCAUUGUUCUUGCUCUGAUUCUGUGCUGUUGUAGGUCCCCAAACAUUAUGGUUUAAGUUACUUGUAACAGUGAGAACUCAUAUGAUUUUGGAGAGCUUAGCCUCGAGCAUUGCUUGCUGAUGUUGAAAGUGAAUAAUAUUAGAGAGGACUCAACAAAACCCGUGUGAAAACCCAUCUCAAAAAUCCUUGAUGUCCCAUCAUGUCCUAUUGUCUUUUCUCAGGCUUUUCUCUUCCCACUGUGUGACAUUUCAAUGCACACCUCAUCUUUAUGCUCUGUAAGACAGUUUCUAAUACAUGAACCAAGUUUAGGAUUUAGGAAUAUCACUGUUCUUCCUUUCCUGUGAUUUUUCUAAUGUAUGUAACUGUCUCCUUGGGUUCUGGAGUCAUCUUCCCCUUAUGCUUGCACUUUUUGAUUGGUUCCUCUGUCUGUGGAAAGUCUGAGGAGGCUCAAAGCUGGGGGAGAUUGAAGUCUCAGAGAGAGCAAGUUCUUACUGAUUUAUUAGGAGGAAGAAAUAUCCCUCCUCGCCUUCUAAUCUUUGUGGAUUAGACUCUCAUAUGGCUUUAUAGUCCACUGAAAGUAAAAUAAAUUAUACUGUCCCCAGGUCUUUGAAUGCUAACAAUGUAGAAAGUCUGAAUAUACCACCAAGAAAAGCAAAAAACCCUGAAAAAGUGCAAAGUAUGAAUUAGUAUUGCAGACCUCAACAGGAAAGUUCCAAUUCCAGAGGAUUUCCUGGGUCUAAGGCAAUAGAAGGGAAGAACUUGUUUCCUGCAAGCUUUUGAAGAUAGCUGAGUAGGAAUCCUUUCAUGCCUCUUAAAGGUGUUGGUUGAUUCCUAGCUCACAAUAAGUAAUUUAGUCCAAGUUAUUCCAGGGUUAUUUCUUUACUAUCUGGUAUUGACUAUUCAAAAAUUUUUCUCUUUGGAAACCAGAGGCUCUGUAUCAUCUAUAACCAUUGAUUUGGCUGUUCACUAGUUGGUUGCAGCUUUUAAGCAUACUUGCAUAUUUUCCUACCCUAACUGUAAUAUGUCUCAGAAUUGUGAAGCACAAAGAUCCAAACAUAUAGAAUUGAGUCAUCAAGAUUUCAUUUCCUAGUGACAUGCAUUCCUCAUAGAGUUGCCUUUUUUUUAUUAUUUAUUUUUAUUUUUAAAUUUUUUUUUAUUUUAUUAAUGGGUCAGCACUUAAAAUCACAAUCAAGGCUUUCAACUAUGGUAGUAACAAAAGGGAUCACUAAGGGACAGUUGGGGUUUUGGUAAGGAUGUUCUACUCCCAGAGGUCUGGCCAAAGAGUCCUGUGAAGCAUUUUGAUUAUCCUUAAAAGCCAGUUUUACUAGCUUUGUGCAUUGUAAACUUUCUUUGACUGUGUUAGGAGUUUCUGAACAUUAAAUCCAGGCUUUUAGUGACUGCCUGUGACUGACAAACUAAGUAAUAACUCUCUCCAGUGUCAUGCCCUCCACUGUCUGAAGAUAAAGUGGUCCCUGUAUAUCUGCUCUCUUUGUCCAUCUAGGUCAACUUCUUCACUUUCCCAUAUGCUGUUACAUUUCAUUGAUCCUAAACCCUACCUUCAUGUUUUCUAUCACCUUUCAUCUGCCUACUGUCAUCUACCUCUUCUCCCCUUGGAUGACUCCUGUUACUGAAAGAUGGUGAAAUCUGCACGUCAGUGUUUUUCUUCAGGAAAUUCUGGCCUUAGAAAUGGGACUGAUCAAAAAAUUUUGAAAGUAUUUAGGCAUCUAAAGCUGUGCAAAAGACUGGCAUUUCACAUUGCAUAGUGCAUAAACGCCUGAAAAUGAACAGUGGGAAUUCGGUUGUUGCUCAUAUCUUUAGUCACCUAUUGUUUAAAAAUGUGUGCCCAAGAGACUUGUGAUUGAAACUUGGCAGUGCAGCAGAAACGGUUUCCUCUGAGACACAGAUACUUUAACUUCUUUUAAUCAGGGACCUUUUUCAUCUAAGACUGUUUAGGUGUUGUGUGGAAUAGCCGGACUCAAAUGCCAUUAAAUCUGUUCUGACUGGUGUUACAGGUGGAUUUCCCAUAUCUCCGUUACUGCAGUUUUUGGCUGUAGGGUAAAAGAGGGAUAGUGGAAUGUUUUCCUUGAGCUGGGGCCUUUUGAAUUAUGAACUUUCUGGAGUCAACUGCUUACUUUUCUGCAAGCAUCCAGAUUGAAGGAGGAAUUCAGUCUGCUUGAGAAUACAGUAAAUUUGCUGUACUUACAAACCGAUCUUCCCAAAGACAUGUAAUUAUCACUCUGAAAUCUUUCUGCUAUAAUCUCUUCUGUCAGCUGGAUUUCCUUUAGUUUAAACAAUGUAUGGAAAAUGUUUUUUUAUUUUGCUGCGCAUGCAUUUUUCUGUCUUCUCUAAAUCCACCAGUAAUACUUUACUGUUGACAUUCUUGCUUCUGAAAGGAAUAUGGACACUUGAACUGGGCUGACAGUGCAUAUUGGCACUGUUUGUUCUACAAUAUGGUUUCUUUGUAACUAGGCUGAAGGUGUAAUUUUCUAAAUUAAAUUACAUUAUCGAUUUCAGCAGAAAAGUUGUUAUUCCUCCCUCCCUUGCUCCCCCAAUAAAGGCAAAAUAUGUAGUGGAUGUUAUGUUUCAAUUCUUUCCAAGAAACUGGGAAACAAUUGUGUGGUCAAGUUGUGGUUUGGGGUUUUUAUUU